AUGUAUCCGCCAAGCAACAGCUGCAACUACAGCCCCAUUUUCAACAUCACUUCUCCUUGUAUGCAAUAUGGAGACGAACUAUUCUUCCAAUAUUAUCAUGACCAUUUCCUUCAAGAGCAACAAGUACCGUUUAUAGAAGAUCAGAGUGUUGACAACUUAGCUGAUAGCACUGAGACUGUUACUAACAAAGAAACCUGUUGGGGAGGAAAUGAAGGAGUAGAAGGCCGCGACAAAAAAAGAGGCGAAAUGAGCAGCACCACUAGUAUCAUUCGUGGACGGAUCCAAAAAAACAAGAGAUGUUCCAAUAAAGAUCGACACAGCAAGAUAAACACUGCUCGUGGCCUUAGAGACAGAAGGAUGAGACUUUCACUUGAUGCAGCUCGCAAGUUUUUCAGUUUGCAAGACAUGCUGGGGUUCGAUAAGGCAAGUAAAACUGUAGAAUGGUUGCUUAACAAAUCGGAGUCUGAAAUCGAAGAGCUGGCCAAAGGCAAUAAAGGAGGAGAAGCCCUUCCUAAACAAAGCUGCAGUACUACUACUGGAAUUGGUGCAAUUAGUACUGCAAUAUCCUCUAUUUCUGAGAGUGAGGUUAUAUCAGGAACUGAUGAAUCUUCCUCUAUUACUGAUAAAAAGAAGCUGGAAACUGCUAAAGGACCCUCGAAAAAGAAGGCGAAAACUGCUCGUAGAGCUGUAUUUGAUCCUCUUAUUACAAGGGAAUCGAGGAAUCAAGCAAGGAUUAGGGCUCGAGAAAGAACAAAAAUAAAGAAAAACCUUGGUCAAUCCAAAGAGAACAGUGCCGAUGACUGUAAUUUGGUGGUUAGUCAUGGAAUUGGGAGCCCAUUUAGCAUCUUCAACUAUCAGCAAAAUGCAGUUGGAAUUUCCCAUGAUCAGUUGCAUGGGUAUCCAUCUGACUUCAAGUUUACCAGGGGCAAGAGUUCAACAUCUUGUGUCCAAACUGAGAAUUCCAAACCUAAAUGUUGUACAUCCAAACCUGCUGAAGUCAAUCCCCAUGGGUUUAGUAAAGAACAAUACCAGCAUCUCAUGUCCUUAUUCCAACAAGUCCAUUUGAGUCAAGUUGGACAAGCCUCUUCUGCCAGUGCAUCUAGUUCUGCAAACUUUGCAGAGUUUCUACCAUCUGCCCCCUCUCAACCAUCCCCUUCAUUGUCUAUUUAUGUUCUAAUUCCUUCUCCACUUGUUUCUGCUUCUCCUUUUCCUUUGUCACCUACUCCUUCACCUGUUUCUCAUUUAUCCACACCCUUACCAGUAUCACCUUUUGAUCCUCCUCUUAGAAAGUCUCUCAGAACUUCCAACCCACCUUCUUAUCUUCAAGAUUAUGUUUGCUCUCAUGUUGCUCCUUCUUCUAAUAUCACUUCUGCUGGGAUUCAUAUACUAGAGCCUCAGUUUUACCAACAAGCUGCCUCUGAUACUGCUUGGCGAGAGGCUAUGUUGAAGGAGUUUCACGCCUUGAUACAAAUAGGACUUGGGGCAUAG